UACCGUAAAACCACGACUAGACGCGCAUUAAAAUCCAAGCCGCUGCUGGCUUAAUCGGGUUUUAGCAAGCGACAGCUCAGUUGACCGCAGCCUUGCGCUGGCGCGUGAUGACUUGUAUUUUACUAUCGUUAACGUGACAGUGGUGUAGGAACGUUACGCAGUAGCUCAGCUGCUAGGAGCGCCAUCACUAUCUAUCGGAGACAGACACAGAGGCAGCUCAGGUGCCGUUAACGACGGGCACUGGUAGUAUAGAAUCCUUUCUCUUCGAGUUUAAUCGAACAAACCCAGGAUACAGAGGGAAGGAAAUCAUGGGAAAUAUUCCAGGGCAGGUCUGGAACAGCAGCCACGGAGAAUACAGCUCAUUUGCUGACGUGAAACAGGGAAUAUAACAGCUGACGGUAAAAACCACAAAACACGCACUCUUUCUCCAUCUCCACCAUUUUGGUUGUCAGUGAUGGAGCACAUCCGGACGCCCAAGGUGGAGAAUGUGCGGUUCCUGGACCGGUCGUCGGGCCAGAGAAAGGCCAGCAUUGGGACUCUCUACCUCUCUGCCACACACACCAUCUUUGUAGAGAACAACCCCGAGACACGCAAGGAGACAUGGGUGUUGCACAGCAUGGUGAGCAGUGUGGAGAGGCCACCCACCAUCCCCGCCGGAAGUCAGCUGAUCCUCCGAUGUAAGGACUUCCGGGUCUUCCAGAUCCUCAUUCCGCAGGAAAGAGACUGUUUGGACAUUCACACCUCAUUGGUCAGGUUGUCACGACCAGAGAAGUACAGUGAGCUGUACUGCCUGUCUUUUAAUCCCAAUGUGAACAAAGAGGAGAGAGAAGAGUCAUGGAACUUCAUAGACCUCAUGGCCGACUACAAGAGAAUGGGAGUUCCAAAUAACCUGUGGGUCGCUACAGCGGCCAACAGCGAAUACAGGGUGUGCGAUACGUACCCAUCAGAGCUGUUUGUUCCAAAGUCGGCCACACCCACCAUCAUCAUGGGCAGCUCAAGGUUCAGGAGUCGAGGACGAUUUCCUGCUCUGUCUUACUUCCACCAGGACACACUGGCAGCAGUGUGCCGGUGUAGUCAGCCACUGUCAGGCUUCAGUGGACGCUGUCAGGAGGAUGAGAUGAUGCUGCUGGCUGUGAUGAAGUCCAACCCUGGCAGUGACUACAUGUAUGUGGUGGACACCAGGCCCAAGCUGAACGCCAUGGCAAAUCGAGCAGCAGGUAAAGGCUAUGAGAAUGAGGACCACUACACCAACAUCAAGUUGCAGUUCAUUGGCAUCGAAAACAUUCAUGUAAUGAGGAACAGCCAGCAGAAAAUCAUCGACGUUGGCGAGAUGAGAUCUCCAUCCAUGACUGACUUCCUGUGGGGUCUGGAGAACUCUGGUUGGCUCAAACACAUUAAAGCCAUACUGGAUGCCGGGGUCUUCAUAGCCAGGGCAGUUGCUGAUGAAGGUGUCAAUGUGUUGGUUCACUGUUCAGAUGGCUGGGACAGGACGGCCCAGGCCUGCUCUGUAGCCAGUAUACUGUUGGACCCAUUCUACAGAACCAUCAAAGGACUCAUGGUGCUGAUAGAGAGAGACUGGGUUUCCUUCGGACACAAAUUCUCCCACAGGUACGCCCACCUGGAUGGAGAUCCUAAAGAGGUGUCUCCUGUCAUCGAUCAGUUCCUGGAGUGUGUGUGGCAGCUGUCUGAGCAGUUCCCAUGUGCCUUUGAGUUCAAUGAACGCUUCCUCAUCACCAUACGCACACACGUCUACUCCUGUCAGUAUGGGACCUUUCUGGGAAACUGCCAGAAGGAGAGCAGGGAUAUGAGGCUUCGUGAGCAGAGUCAUUCUUUGUGGCCUCAGCUGUGGAAGGAUAGAGCCGAGUACACCAACCCUCUGUACAAAGCUGAGCUGAGCCAGAGUCAAGGUGUCCUGAGACCAAACACUACCCCCUACUGCUUCAAAAUGUGGAAGGGACUCUAUAACCACGUGGAGAAAUCAACACCUCCUCGCCAGUCACCUGCUGACUUCCUGUCUGCCAUGAGGGAGGAAUCCCAGCAGCUGGAGGGGGAGCUCACCAAUCACCAGGAGGUACCGCCAGGAGGAACCGCCCACCACCACCACCAACCGGGCUCCAGACAAGAGGAUAGCAGCCCUGACAGGGAAACCAAUCACGUGGGAGAAGAUUGAGGUUCCGAGGAGGACUAGCCACCUGCGGCAGAGACAUUGCAGGCCGGACCCAACCACCACUUACACAGACCCAAUCACCAGCCCUGCACCGGUCAACGGUCAUGCACUCUCCUCUGAACCAGUCAAUCAGAAGGCUCAGACCAAGGACCCCACUCUCACCCUGUGUCUAGGGCUGCACACCCAUCUCAAGAGUCACGACCCAGAUGGCCUCUCCACCUGCAGCGACCUGGAGUCGGGCGUGGCUGACCUCAGCAGCCGCUCAUCCAGCAGCGGGGAGGACGGCAAAGACCCGUACUCAGAUGAGGCUGCCUUUACUACCGCCUGACUGGAAAAAGAGAACCCUGCUGAGGUGAAAGAGGAAAUCACCGUUCAUACAGUAGAUCCCCAAACAUAUUUAUUCACACCUGGAGGGGAGUAGAGGCAGACGGCUACUUAUUGACUGAAAGCCAGUUGGAUUGUUUCUCUUUCUUUCUAGGAGAUAACUGUAGUUUGUCUCAUUCCUUCUUGGUCUAAGGGUAGUCACAGUGAAUUAGGGAGAAACCUUGGCUGUUUAUCAGUUCACCUUUUUGACAAAGGCACUAACAGACUCAUUUCAAUUUUUGUUGCAGAAGGCCAGAAAGGCUGUUUUUAAUAUGUGGAUGCAGUUUUUAGGUGGGCUCAAUUACUGUCAUAUGUACUUUGUUUAAGGAAUGCAUUAUUACUACUGUGUGAUGGACAGAUGUUACAUGGUACCAGCCUCAAAUACUGUACGACACCUGCUUGAUGAGGGCAGUGAAAAAAAUCUGAUCUGAUGAAACACUUUUCCUUUUCAGAGUAGAACACACUCACUAAACAAACGUGUGUCCAUGUGUUUCAUGUAAUUUCUUCAACACUUCUAAAUCUAAAAAAUAAUUAGCAAAAUGAUGGAAGAUUUACUGAAUUAUUUAUUUACAUCCAAUCUUCUUUCUUCUUCAGUGUAAAAUAAUAUGCAUUAUGAUAAUAGUUUUUCCUCUGAGGUAUUUCUUUGUAGGGCCAGCAGAUUUUAACUUUAGACACACUGGAAGCAGCAGAUACAUGUGCUCAAAAACUGACCUGCUGUUAGUAACGUCAUAUCUCCUUGAGAUAUAACAUACCUAUUCCACAGUCUGGACCAAGUUAGGUCUGAGGGUCUACUAGUAAAGUACUAUAACCCAGUAAUAAUACAAUUAGAAGCUGAUUCAGAGUCACAUAAAUAUUACUUCUCUUGAAAAUGAUCUUAUUUGUUCAUGUAGAGGAAAGCAGAUUAAUGUUUCCAGUGAGUUUGAGGGUCUUUAGAUGUGGGCGGUCUUCAGCCUGAUCAGCCCUCCAGCAUCCCAUUUGAAGCUUUAUUGCUGAAUGGAAGAAGGGAAAUCAACUAGUGUUGCUGCCAGGGAAAAUGUAAAAUAUUCUAUUAUGUAGUACACACUGAGAGGCCAAUGAGCAACAGCCUAAAUCUGCUCAGUUUCUUCCCUGACCUUAGAUGAAGCCUUGUCUUCUAUUGUCAAGUCUUAAAUGAUUUCUUCCUAACUUUCCAAAACUAUCACUCCAGAAAACAAAAAUCUGCCAUUACAGUUUUGAGAGUUUGAAUAAAACAUUAGUUUAGUUCAGAAACCAGUGUUCAAAGAUUACAUCUUAAAAUGAAAAAUGUGGAUCCUCCAAAGGCUCUUUUUAAAAAGCCCAGUUUGCUCUCUAAGCCAUGAUGGAGAUAAAGGAAAAGUAUAACAGGAAGAGAAUGUCACAGAUUUACAGUCUGAAAGGAGAUUUCUUGAACCAGUUUGAACUAUUGGUCAUUACCAGGAAUAAGAAUCAACAACAAAAUAUGAAUGAUAUUUAUGUUUACAACAAAUGCUGGAAUACAUUAUUUUCUUGUCUUUUUGUGUGCAGUAUAUUAUUUUAAAGCCAUUUCUUUUGUUAUGUUUCAGUGUACUGAAUAACAUUCUAUAAGGACCUGAUAUCCACACUGGUGUAAUAAUAUUUAUCCUCAGACCAACUGAGUCCUUCAGAUGAGAAAGUAUCAUGAAAUCAAAUCAAGUUUGACAGAUCAUUUAUGUUUCAAAUGUCAUUAUAUAGACUAUGUUUGACUGGUCUGUAACUUUUUACAUUCCCACAUUCAAAACUUUGUUUCAUGGUCUCUCCACAGUCCAGAGGUAUAGCUCUGUGUAAGUGCAUUCUGCUGCAUUGUAAUCUUAAGAGUUGACCUAUUGGCGCACAUUGUUAUGUUAGUGUAUUUAAAGCUUACAGUGGAAACCUACUGUUGCUCCAGAUGAACAUGUACUCCUUUAAUGUGGGUGGACAAACAUGUUAACUGAGUAGUGGAUCUUAAAGCUACGGACAGGACGGUGUAUUCACUGCUGAGCAGUGAGGGCCACCUGUGGGAUCGGAGAAAGGUGACCAAAUAUUUUAGUACAGAUAUUGUCAUGUAAUCUAAUCUUAACCAUGUCUUGGAAAUCAUAUAUAUACACUUGACAUUCAUACAGCCAGAAAGAGAAAAGAUUUUGCCCUCUUUCAAUUGCUAUAUUUUUUAAAGUUUCUCUAUUUAAAGCUGUGGAGCACUUUGGCUUACACACCUGCAUUCAAUUGGGAUAAAAAAAACAAAAAAACUGAAUAUUCAUUGGCCUGGCAGGUGUGCCAACAUGCAGAUAUAAGAAGGUAAAGAACGUCACCCAGUGUGUGAUGAUAAAUGUCACCGUGCGGCUGUGUGUAACACUGAAUCUAAUGAGCCAUAAGUCCUGGGAUCUCCUCUCCUUAACUUGUAGUGUAUGUCACUGUAGCCUGUGGCGUGUUUGUGUGUGUGUGUUCUGUAUCAAUUGAUGUAAGUUAUCUAAUCAAUAAAAGCACUGUUAAAAAGG